AUGGCCAAGAAGGCAGCGUUCCGAGAGGCCCAGCAGCAAAAGGCGCUGCUGAACCAGCGCAUCCGGCCGCUCGUAUCGGACCGUCUGACGCAGCAGGACCUGCAGCAGCGACAGUAUACCUUCCAUGCCAUCGAGACGCUUCCGCACUAUCGUGAUGCCCACGUCGCCCGCAGCCUGCUCGAGCGGCUCAAGAACGACCGCGGCAUCCAGACGAUCAUGAAGGCCCACAAAUGGUCUGUCGGGCUCCUCAAGGAGCUCGAUCCGGCGGUUGCGACCAUCCUGGGAUUCAACCGGAAUGCCGGCAUGGAGAUUGCCCUCCGACUCCGGACCGACGAUCGGGAGGGAUUCAGACACUACGACUCGAUCCGAAAGGUGCUCCUGCACGAGCUCGCGCACAUGGUCCAUGGCGAUCACGACGAGCACUUUCACGCACUCAACCGCCAGCUGAACAAAGAAUGUGAUGCCGUCCACCGCGAGGCCCAUCUCCUCGACGGCAGCCGUCUUCCGUCCUCGGUCUCUGCUCAACAAGCUGCAGCCGCCGAUAGUCAAGACGAGCUGUCGGUGCCGUAUUUUAGCGGCGGAGCCUUUGUCCUCGGUGGCAGCAUCCCUGGCGGCAACCCUGGCAGCGACGGCGAGACCAGCGCGGCGGCGGAGACAUCUCAGCAACGCCGGGAGCUCCUUCUGCGGGCGGUCAUGAAUCGCCUGAGCGCGGAGGAGCAGGAAAUCAUGGAGUCGUGCUCGUCGACAGAAAGCAAGCCGUCAGCAUAG